AAGUUUCCCGGUGUUGUUAUGACGGCAGUAUCGAGCGUGAGUGUGGGACGUCCUUCCCCCGGCCGCGGAGGGAGGGGCGGAGGGAUCCACGCCGAGCAGCGCGGCGCUUUUUCCCGAUGACGCAGUUGGUUGCUAGGUGUGAAUGGACUGAUGCUUUGUCUCAAUUACGCUGCUCCUCAGUUUACAGGUCGACCACAACAAAGCAGCAUCUCAUUCUCCAGCGUUGUCCCGGCCAUUCGGAGCUGAAUUAUGGCUCUUUAAUUCCGCCAAGUUGUUGGACCCGAAAAGAAAUCGUGCUUUGCUUUAGCAACGCACCCCCAAGUGCUCUUCAGUUUUUCUGCAAGAAUGGAGUUUCAUUAUGCUCACCCUGCCCUGCUCUCUGUGGCCCAUCUGUCAGACCCCGCUCGCUCUCAGCAUAUGCUUGGACUUGGACUGAAUCAAAGCACCAACAGACAAAAUGAUGGCAACAUCAGCUCAUGUUUGGAAGAGUCUUCGUGUCUGCCCGGCAGACCCCCUCGCUCUCUCUCACCCACAGGCUAACCACAGCCAAUCACAGGGGUGCAGGGGGGAGGUGUCAGAGGAGAGUCAGCACUUAAUUGGUGGGCUCGGCACUGCAGCACAUUCGUCCUUCUUGAACAGUGAUGGUCUUACCGACUGGAUGACGGAAGAAGUGGAUUUCUCCUCGUACCUCCCAAACCCUCCUUCCCCUCCCUCCUCCACCAAUCCCUCCCUUCCACCAUCACCCCUUCAGAAUGAUAUUCAGGUGCCCUCCGACUUGGAGGUCAUGACCUCUCUGCUGCAGGAGGAACUUGCCCAACUAGAGGACUACUUCCUGUCCGAACCACUGCCGGAGAAAGGGCCGAGACUGGGAAAAUGCGACAGGGGUCCGCUGCCGGCGGGUCCUCAGCCAUUCAGUCAGCUGCCAUACGCAUCAUACUCUACAUCCAACCAAUCGGAAUCCAACCAGCUGCUUGUUACCCUGGCAACCGGGGAGCUGGACCUGCUGAGCAUCUGUGGCGGGCCCAUUGGGCGAUCCAAAAUUCCGAGACACACCCCAUACAGCUGCAGUCGCCCCAGUGGGUGUGGUAGGAAAAGAGUUCUAGACGGUGGGAGGUUUAGCGAAGGCUAUGACAACAGUUUGUCGAGUUCCAAAGGAAGUAACUCAGGUAACUCGGCCGUGACCCUAGCAGGUAACUACGGCUGUGCGCAGGACGACCAGCUGGUAGGGAAAAGCUACUGUCUGGGAAGUGCCAUCGAGGUUAGGCGAUGUGCCAGUUUACCCAAAGACGAGAAAAAUUGCUGCUUCACUCAAGAUGUGAUAAGUGGUGUGAAGGUUGUUGGUGGUGGGUUCGGCUUUGGUGGAUCACUGGAUUCCGCUCAAAGGAAAGAAGAUUUGCUAAUGUAUAGCAUGAGGGAGGUCAGCGAAGGCUCCGGUAGCAGCGAGGUGCUGAGCAGCAUCAAAGCCAAUGUGGAGGUGACGAAAGCCAGUGUUUGGAAAAGUCAGAGCAGCGAAGGUUGUUACGUCCCAACAACAUCCCAGAGCGAGGCCUACCAUAGCUACUUAGGGACCAUCAAUGAGCAGGUGAAAACAGAGGGUCUACAAGUAGUUCAGCCUGAUUUACACUGUAGUUACCUUGAGGAUCAGGCCCCAGAAUGUUUCUUAAUGGCGAGGGAGGGUCUGAACCUGGAGUCUUCAGGGCACAGACAAGCAUGCAGGCUGAAAGAAGACAACAAUUACGAAGUGGAGAUCGUCCCGCACGAAGGCGGGGAGCGCAAACAAAAGAAAAGAGAUCAGAACAAAACUGCUGCUCAUAGGUAUCGCCAGCGAAAAAGGGCGGAGCUAGAUUCUUUGGAGGAACAACUGCACUGCCUUGAGGGGAGGAACCGAGAGCUCCGAGACAAAGCAGAGUCAGUAGAACGUGAAAUCCAGUAUGUUAAAGACCUGCUGAUUGAAGUUUACAAGGCCCGCAGCCAGAGGCUGAAGCAGGACACAACAGCGUAACGUCACGCUCCUGCAAGCAGCCCGGAGUAACUCGGAAAAUGGGGAGUUUUUUCUUUCUUCAUGUUUCUUAACAGUAGAAUUUUCCCUUUUUUCUCAUGGCGAGGAGACAAAUGCAUGCUUUGUUAAUGUGAGUUACUUUCUACAUUUUGAAUCGACACUAUACAAUGCUUCCAUCACUUGUAGCACUAAUCACUUGAGCCUUCACUGUGGCAUUGCAAUGCUUUAACCGACAAUCAUUUCUAAUAGAUCUUCCACCUCGUGAACCCACUGAUCAAAGCAGGGUUACUUCUGAGGGGGUCGUGUAAUUCAUGAAGCAGGUUAUAUAUUUUUAUUAGCCUUACAUUGAAAUUGAUGUCAGCAAUAGAACCUAAUAUUUUUUCCACUUUAAAGUUUUGUAUUUAAUUUGAUAUUGCUGUAAGUCACUUGUCAGUAGCUGGACUCAUCGAAUGUGUUGUUGGUGUCAGCCUUUAAUUUCAAGUUGUCUGUUCGGUUGUUAUUUCAAGCAUUUCUUGAUCAGAACAUUUUUAGAUCUUCAUGAAUUUUUUUAUUUAAAUCUUAGAAUUUCUGUUGAAAACGUGCUCGCUCUAACAACCACAAAAACAAUCACUGAUAAGAUUAAACACAACAAGAAAAGCUAUUAUCAAAAAUCAUUAGAAUGAUUUCACAAUUGUUCCAAAAACUUUUAGUUUUUCACUAAAUGCUUUUAAUCAACUGAAGAUUCAACAGGACAAAAGAAAUGUGGAAAUUUGUUUUUCACCCUGCUUUGUACAAAGCUAUUGCUUCCCCCCCCAGGAUGAUUAUAUUCCUGUUGUUUUCAAAAACUGCAAUAUUUUUUAGUGGUUUUCACAAGUAAUGUCCAGCAUAUCCUGACCAAAAGAGAAAUUUACCCUUUAUACUGUUUUGAAGUAAACUAACAUUUUGUUGUAUAGUUUUCUUCUCUUGUAUAUUGCAGUUUAUACAAUCUGUUUAGCAGCUCAGGCUUACGGUUGAUCCUCCCGUUCUGCAAACAUCAUCAGACAACAGGGGAGAUAACAGACUUGAAGCUCCUCGGUCCUUGUCUUACAUGUCAGUUUUCACAAGUUUUCCUGCUGUAAAGAGAUAGGUUUUCCAUGCGUGCAAAUAUUGUAACCGGUGAUGUUUUAGUGUCCUCUGCAUGCCUUUUUCAUAAAUGUUUUUGCGCUCUCUGAAAUAGAAAAUCUAGGGAUUCAGAAUCGAGUGAGGAUUGUUUCUCUGAACUGCUUAUUCUGGCAAUAAGUUUUAUAGGCCUCUGGCUGAUCUGCACUAAUUCAUAACUUUUUAUAUCUUCAGGGAGUGGAGUGUAUUCGCCUGUUCUUUAUAAAAAAAAAGAAAAACAGAAACGAAUCUGAAAAGAUCUUUUAUUUAUAUUUAAUUAAUUUUAUAUUUCAUUUGUCUCUAAUUUGAGAAAGUACCAACUGUUAUACAUAUCUUAUGAAAAGUUGCUGACCGCAUUUCUUGAAAAAAGUGGCCGAUAGUCUGGUAGAUUUGAGGCUAUGAAUCCACGCAAACUUAACGUCCCCUGCGGAGAACUAUCAAUUACUAUCUCUUAAAAUGAAAAAAAAAGAAGUGAACCGAUUUCCAACGCUUUGUAAUUUCAAGGUAAUUAGUUCACAAGUACAUACAUAUUUUGUGUGAUGUAAACUUGUUUCCAUUUACAAUAAAGUACGUCAUCAACCUGG